UGUAAAAGUAGAACAGCCCAGAAACAGAAGGAAACUUUUCCUCUUGAGCAGCAACGUUUCAAGUUCUUCAUACAGAGAGCUAUGGAUAAUCCAUUUGAAGAUGAACAAAUCAAAGAUAUUAGAGCAAUUAUGGCAUCUGAAGGACCUGCCGCAGCGGCUGCAAAGAUCCAGGAGUGUUUGGAUGAGCAGAAUAAUAUUCCACUAAAUAUCGGCAUCACAGGAGAGUCUGGUUCUGGUAAAUCCACCUUUGUUAAUGCCUUUAGAGGCGUAGACAACAGAGAUGAUGGAGCUGCUCCCACUGGCUGUGUAGAAACCACCAUGGAGGCUACAUCAUACCCCCAUCCUAACUAUCCCAACGUCAUACUGUGGGAUCUUCCUGGUAUUGGCACCACCAACUUUCCAGCAGACGAAUACCUGCAGCAUGUUGGAUUUGAAAGGUUUGACUUCUUCAUCAUCAUCUCAGCUGAUCGCUUCAGAGAAAAUGAUGUGAAGCUCGCUCUGGAGAUUCAGAAGAUGAAGAAAAAGUUCUACUUUGUUCGCUCCAAGAUCGACCAUAAUUUACAUGAUGCAGAAAGAAGUCAGAGGGAGUUCAACGCAGAAAGAACUCUUCAAGAGAUCAGGGACAACUGCAUUCAAGGUCUUGUAAAACAAGGUGUUGAGUCUCCACAAGUCUUCCUGGUGUCCAGCUUUGAUCUCCACCUCCAUGACUUCCCUCUUCUACAGCAGACCCUAGAGAGAGAACUUCCUGCACAUAAGAGGGAUGUUCUGCUGUUGGCCAUGCCCAACAUCAGCCUGGAGGUCAUCAGCAAGAAGAAAGAGGCUUUACAAGAUAAAAUAAAGUACUUAGCCUCUGCAUCUGCACUUGCAGCAACUGUACCAGUCCCUGGGCUCUCUUGUGCUGCUGAUUUGACCAUGCUGGCUACUGCCAUUGCAGGGUACCAAGUUUCUUUUGGUCUUAAUACUGAGUCACUGCAGAAUCUUGCUUGUCGUACAAAAGUGCCUUUGGCGGAUCUCAGAGCAGUGAUGACGUCACCACUAAGUGCAAAAAAAAUAACCGUAGACUUGAUUUUUAAGGUGCUGUGUUUUUCUGUGGCUGAUCUUGCUAUAAUGGCAGCAGAGGAAGGGUUCAGAUUUGUUCCAUUCAUUGGAAUCCCAAUAGCAUCGGCCCUCUCUUCUGCCUUCACCUACAAAGCUCUCAGUACUUCCCUUGACAUGCUUGCUGAGGACGCACAGAAUGUGUUUACAAAGGCUCUGGGUUUGAACACAGCAGUGUGAUGUCAUAUGUUAAAUGACAAUGUGUCACUUUAAAUUUCUUGGAUAGCAUGUAAAUGAGCUUCUGGAUGAUUUCUGACUACAUUGUAAUAUUACAGUAGUUAACGUUACUGCAUUCACAUCAAAGUUUUAUAAUCUAGUUAUACAUUUCACCAAACACUUUGAGCAGAUCUGGAAAUGUGAUGAUGAGUGUCUAAAUAAUGAUUUUUGUCUGAAUUAAAUAAAGGCUUUUGGGUGAUCAAAUAA